AUGGCUCGACCCCGAAAGGCAAAGUCUUCCAAACUAGUCAAGAAGGAAGAUUUAAACAAAAAGAAAAGCAGUCAACUGAAGACAACCAAGGCAACCAAGAAAUAUGUAGUAUCAGUUAAGGUAGUGGAUGGUAGAAAAAUAAAGCAAUUAGGAAAAAGAGAUAUUAAGAAGAAAACAGAACCUAAACCACCCACACCAGUCAGAAGCCUGCUGACAAGAGCUGCAGCAGCUCGAAUGAAUUUAGGGAGGGCUGGGGUUCUUUUUCAGAACCCAGAGUCCUUAACUUCCAAUGGGUUCACGAUGACUCUCCGAAGCAGCUCUCUUACCAGGCGACUUGCUCAACCCCCAGUGGCCAUAGCCAAACCUAAGAAAAUUUCACCUAAGAAUUUAGAAAAGCAACGGAAGUGUGAUAAAAAGGUGCUUUCUAACACCAGAGUCAAGCACUCGGAAAAUGAUUCUGUCCCAACACAAGACCCCCUAGGUCCUCCUGAUGCAGAGAAUCUAAAUGACAUACAAGAUGCAUCUUUAGUGACAGGGGAGAGCCUAGGGACAACCGAGUCUUGGUCCCAAAGGCCUGAAGAUUACGAAAUAAAUGUUCCUACUCAUGGUGACCCUGUAGCAGAGAGCCUUUCUGGGGCACUGGAAGGGACACAUGAUGAAGGACUAUACCCUAAAGAGACAUCAGAUGAUACCAGUGAUUCUCCUGGCAUAUUUGCUCAGGAUACUCUGUGUGCUCCUUUGCUCCAAAGGGCAGCCCUCGAGGUUACCUCUGAGGAGAAGGACAGCUUUGAAUUAGAAGAAUUGGGUUCACAAGUCGAAUCUCUUAAGCUGUCUGAUUCUAACCUGGAUCUCAACCAAAGUGAAAGUGAUUGUUGCCCCACCUCCAGCUUUAAUCAAGUUAUGUCUGAAUUGGACCUUACAAACUGUUUGUCUACUGGUGGGUCUAUAUAUCCUACCUCAUUUUUAAAAUUGCUCUUGGCAGACUCAGAAGAAGAAACCCUUGGUGCUAAACCUGAUUUCAUAGAGGUAGUCGAGGCUACCCCAGAUUAUCAGGAAGUUCCUGAUAACAUCCUUAUCUCAGGACAGGCCGAUAGCUCUUCCCCCCAUCAGUGGGAAGUUCCCUAUGCUAACCCAGGUCAGGGAGAAACUCUGGAUGAGACCCCAGACCCAGCAGAGAUUUCUGGUGCUAUGUCAGUCCAAGGAGAGGUCUUUGGUGCUAUACUAAAUGAGCAAAUCCUUGAUAUAGGUGGGGGUCCUACCUCAGACUCACCUGUCUUUAUGCCUGCUGCUCUGAACUCAAUUGAUCCCUGUGAUGCUCUCUUGGAAUGGCCUGCACCCCAGAACACUGUUUUAUACAGUCUCGGGGAGAAUACAGUCUCAAAUCAUACUAUGCAAAUUCUGUCUUUGGGCUCAGGUGACACUCCACAACCAUCAAACUCAGAGAUAAAUUCGGAUCUUCCAGUAUUUGCGAUAAGCAGUAUAGAAAAUGAGAAGCCAAUUCAUAUAGGCUUUCUACCAGCUGACACUCAGGGAUUUACAUUAGCCCCUGAGAGAGGACUCAGCUAUGACUCACAGGGAAUUGUCCAGUACUACCAGGCUAGUCCCGACAUACCAGAAGGAGGGAGCUCCCAGAUGGACUCCACAGUGGUGUCUAGGCCCGUGUCACUUGCCAGCACCUCUUCUUCCUGCACAACCUUGCCACCUACUUUGGAGAGGAAGAAACGAAAACCAUGUGGAGUCUGCGAGCCCUGCCAGCGGAAGAAGAACUGUGGUGAAUGCAUCCACUGCCAGAACAGAAGCUAUAGCCACCAGAUCUGUAAGAAGAGGAAAUGCGAGGAACUGAAGAAAAGACCAGGUGUCACAGUGCAUUCAAAGGUUGUAAAGGAAAACAAGAGGCCCCAGAGGGAAAAGAAGCCCAAAGUUUUAAAGGCAGAUACUACGAACAAACCAGUAAAUGGCCCCAAGUCAAAGUCCAUGGAAUACAGUAGAUAUGGUCAAGGGGAAGAAAAAAGAUUGGAAUUGAACCUACAACCCCCUGAAAAUGUAACUCAGAAUGAAGAAGGUAUGACAGGUGUUGAAGUGGAGAAGUGGACACAGAACAAGAGAUCCCAUUUAGCCGAUCAAGUCAAAGGAGGAGUUAAGGCCAUUGUGACAGAAGCUGAAAAAUCGAAAACCUCUGAAGAUGACAGAAAGAAAGUCCUACUUACUGAAGUCCUUGAACCUCAAAACUUGUUUGCACAGACUGUAAGAAAUGGCAUUAAAAACGUAUAUUAUUUACCAACUGAAACAAGUGUGUCUUUUAAAACCAUCAACAUUGAAGAAUUUGGCAAGGCAUUUGGAAACAGUUCCUGUAAACUCCUGAAAGACACUGCAAACCAUAACAAUGCCAUGAGCUCUAUUGCCACUACUGCAAGCUGUGAUCAUCUGAAGGGGAAUGCUUCAGUCUUCCAGACGCCUGGCUCUAACUCCAAGACCGUUGCAGAUCCUACAAACGUCAACGUGUAUAGUCAUACCAGUGCACCCGGUGAACCUGAUCAGCCAAACUCUCUAGAAAAUUUACCAAGUAAAGAACCAAAACUUGAAUCUCCAGUUCAACCAAAUCUUCUAUUCCUAAUAAAAGACAGGACAUUAACGCUAGAGCAAGUGGUUGCUAUAGAAGCCUUGACUCAGCUUUCAAAAGCCCCUUCACAAAAUUCCUCACCAUCCAAGUCAGAGAAGGAUGAAGAAACAGGGCAGAAGACCGCUAGUCGGCUUAAUAACUGUAAAGCUAUCAUCUGUACAGUAAGAGAAGACCUCCAAGAACCAAAUGUACAAGGGGAACCUCAAACCCUUCGUCACUGUCCAUCUUUGGAAAAGCAAAGUUCAGGCAACACAGUGCUGUUUAAUGGCCAAACUAUCGUUUCCAGGUCCCAUAGCAGCUCAGCUACUAACGAAGCAUCCACAAAGUCACAGGAAUAUUCCACAGUGGAAAAAUCAAUAUUGUUUAUUUUUCCAAAUUCAAAUUCUUCUGUAACUGAAACCAAUAACAGUGUAGCACCAAAUAGAAUUGAUCUUGAUGGUUGUUCCAAGGAUCUGCAUCAGUUGCCACCAACAAAUAAUAAACCGGGACUCGGCAACCAGUUGCUGGGCAGCAGUAAAGAGUUGAAUUCAAAGGAUGAUUCGUCAUGUCAAGAUAUAGUUCAUAGCAAAAUCGAGGAAGAUGUGGCUACACAGUUAACACAGCUUGCAUCUAUAAUCAAAUGCAGUUACAUAAAACCAAAUGAAAAUAAUGUGGAAAGUACAACGGCAAACCUUGCUGAGUAUAAUGUACAGCACACAUACAGUCAGGAGAAGGGCACAAUACAGCAGAAAGCACCUUCGAAUGUACAAAAUAAUCAGAGCUCACAACCAACAAAGCAGAAGAACACAACCCAGAAAAAGACAAAACCUGCCCCACCAAGAGAUAGGCGGAAGAAGAAGCCUGCAGCUGCAAGUUCUCAAGAAAAUGACCAGAAAAAGCAGGAACAGUUGUCACAAGAGUAUAGUAAGUUACAUGACAUUUGGGUGGCAUCUAAAUUUCAAAGAUUUGGUCAAUUUUGUUCUCACGAUUUUCCUGUUCUGUUGGGAACAAUUCCUUCCGGAACCACAGUAUGUAAACCACUGGCUCAAAUAAGCUCAGCAUCAGAACAGAAAAAACUAUUUCCUCCAGUAGCUCAGAUAAAAUUUGAUCGACACUAUCCUGAUUCACAACAGGAAAAAAUGGUGGUUGACCCAUUGGAUUCUCUCCCUGUAUCCCAGUUAAUAACAGAUUCCAAUGGACAGUCGUUUACAGAAAAAGUUUAUAUUUCUCAGGUACAGCCAACAGUGAAUGUCAAUCAGAAUGCUCAUCCUUUACUCCAGCCCUCCUCUCCAACUAAUCAGUAUGUCAAUGUGAUGUCUGACAAUGACCAAACACAGCUCCAGCAGGACGAUAACCACCAACGUAUGUAUCAGAGAGUGCCGGCAUUGCCUGGCUUCUCUCAGGUGACCUUAUUGGACACGGCGCAAAUUCUCAGGAAUGUAAAUGUAGUAUAUUCAGGUGGAAUUGCAGUGGUUUCUACCAAAAGCGAAGAGGACGUCUGUUUAUCUAGUGUUGGAGCGGCAGAAUGUUCCCCAGUAAACAAUGCACAGAAAAAUUUUCAUGAUUAUGCCAUGAACUUCUUUACUAAUCCUACAAAAAACCUGGUAUCCACAACAAAAGAUUCUGAAUUGCCGACCUGCAACUGUCUUGAUCGAGUUACACAAAAAGAAAAAGGCCCAUAUUAUACACACCUUGGGGCAGGACCAAGUGUGGCUGCUGUCAGGGAAAUCAUGGAGAAUAGGUAUGGGGAAAAAGGAAACGCAAUACGGAUAGAAAUAGUAGUGUAUACUGGAAAAGAAGGGAAAAGCUCUGAUGGGUGCCCAGUCGCUAAGUGGGUUUUAAGAAGGAGCAGCGAUGAAGAGAAAGUUCUCUGUUUGGUUCGGCAGCGGCCAGGCCAUCACUGUGCCACAGCCGUGAUGGUGGUACUCAUCAUGGUGUGGGAUGGCAUUCCUCUUCCCAUGGCAGACAGAUUGUAUACGGAGCUUACCGAAAACCUAAAGUCAUACAAUGGUCAUCCCACAGACCGAAGAUGCACUCUCAAUGAAAAUCGCACCUGUACAUGUCAAGGAAUUGAUCCAGAGACUUGUGGAGCUUCGUUCUCCUUUGGCUGCUCAUGGAGUAUGUAUUUCAAUGGCUGCAAAUUUGGUAGAAGCCCAAGCCCUAGAAGAUUUAGAAUUGAUCCAAGCUCUCCCUUACAUGAAAAAAACCUUGAAGAUAAUUUACAAAGUUUGGCCACACAGUUAGCUCCAAUUUAUAAGCAGUAUGCUCCAGUCGCUUACCAGAACCAGGUGGAAUAUGAACAUGUUGCCCGAGAAUGUCGGCUUGGCAGCAAAGAAGGUCGUCCUUUCUCUGGGGUCACUGCUUGCCUAGACUUCUGUGCCCAUCCCCACAGAGACAUUCACAACAUGAAUAAUGGAAGCACUGUGGUUUGUACUUUAACACGAGAAGAUAACCGCUCAUUGGGUGUUAUCCCUCAAGAUGAGCAGCUGCAUGUGCUACCCCUUUAUAAGCUUUCAGACACAGAUGAGUUUGGCUCACGGGAAGGAAUGGAAGCAAAGAUCAAAUCUGGGGCUAUUGAGGUUCUCACACCCUGCCCUAAAAAAAGAACACGGUUUACUCAGCCGAUUCCUCGUUCUGGGAAGAAAAGAGCAGCAAUGAUGACAGAGGUCCUCGCGCAUAAGAUAAGGGCUGUGGAGAAGAAAGUCAUUCCUCGAAACAAGCGGAAGAAUAAUUUGACAACAAACAACAGUAAGGCUUCAUCACUGUUGCCUUUAGGGAAUAAAACUGAGACCUUGCAACCUGAAACAAGUGAAACUGAACCCAAUUUUAUCUUCAAAGGUUCAGACAACAUUAAAACCUACUCACUGACCCCAUCCAUUCCUCACCCAGUGAAAGAGGCAAACUUACCGCCAGGUUUGUCUUGGGCCCCUAAGACUGCUUCGACCGAUGCGUCCGUUUCGUGCGAGUUCUCAGAAAGAGGUAGCAAUCCCCACUGCACAAUGCCGUCUGCAGGACUCAGUGGUGCUAGUGCUGCUGCUGGGGAAGGCACUGGAAUUGCACAGCCUCAUGAAGUGAGUCCUCCUCCCACCUUGUCUACUCCCAUGUCAGAUUCCCGGGCUUGUUCUGAGCCUCCCACUGGUCCAUCUGAGCAGCUAACUUCUAAUCAGCCAAACCAGCAGCCCCCACUCAUCACCUCUCCUCCUCAACCUGCUUCCUCUCUGGUGGAAGAAGAUGAGCAGCAUUCCGAAGCAGAUGAGCCUCUGUCAGAUGACCCCCUAUCAGAUGACCCCCUGUCUGAGGAGAAAUUGCCCCACAUUGAUGAGUAUUGGUCAGACAGUGAGCACAUCUUCUUGGAUGCCAACGUUGGUGGGGUGGCAAUAGCACCUGCUCACGGCUCUGUUUUGAUUGAGUGUGCCCGGCGAGAGCUUCAUGCCACAACUCCGGUCAGACACCCAAACCGGAAUCAUCCUACACGCCUGUCCCUUGUCUUCUACCAGCACAAAAACUUAAAUAAGCCCCAACAUGGUUUUGAAUCAAAUAAGAUUAAGUAUGAGGCUAAAGAAGCUAAGAAUAAGAAAAUUAAGUCCUCAGAGCAGAAAGAUCCAACAGCUAAUGAGGGUCCUGAGCUGUCCCCUGAAGUUAAUGAGUUAAACCAAAUUCCUUCUCAUAAAGCAUUAACAUCAACCCAUGAUAAUGUUGUCACCGUGUCCCCUUAUGCUCUCACACAUGUUGCAGGGCCCUAUAACCAUUGGGUCUGAAGGCUUUUCUCCUCUUUUUAAUGCCUUUGCUAGUGCGGUGUAUUUUUUCAAGGUGCUGUUAAAAGAAAGUCAUGUUGUCGUUUACUCUAUCUUCAUCUCACCCAUUUGAAGGCUGAGGUUUAAAAAAAGGGGGUGGGUAUUUCUUAACUGUGACUAUAUUUUGACAAUUGGUAGAAGGUGCACAUUUUAAGCGAAAAUAAAAGUUUUAUAGUUUUAAAUACAUAAAGAAAUGUUUUGGUUAGGUGUUAAUCUUGAUAGAAUCACUCAGUUUGGUGCUUUAAAUUAAGUCUGUUUACUAUGAAACAAGAGUCAGUUUUAGAGGAUUUUAACAGAUAAUGUGCUAUGAUAUAAAAUCAAGAUUCACAGUGUUAACUCUACACAGCUCCUGGUGCUUAACCACAUCAACACAGUUAAAAAUAAGCUGAAUUAUUAUUUCAUGGUGCCAUUGUUCCAACAUCUUCCAAUCAUUGCUAGAAAAUACGCAUAUUCCUUUGAAAUAAACCAAUGAAAUAUUUUCUCUCUUAAAGUUCUCUCCUGUAUAAAAUAAUUCAUUAUUGUUAGUAAUGGUUGGAGGCUGUUCAUAAAUUGUACAUAUAUAUUUUAAAAGCACUUUCUAUUUUUAAACGUAACUUGAAAUAGUAUAGUAUAAGAAUCCUAUUGUCUAUUGUUUGUGCAUAUUUGCAUACAAGAGAAAUCAUUUAUUCUUGCUGUGUAGAGUUCCAUCUUAUUAACUGCAAUAUGUAUUUUAAUCAUGUAUAUGGUUUGUUUUUAAUGUGUUUUUCUCAUGCAAAUAUUAGCUACUUACAUAAAAUAAAUCAUGCAAAAAUUGUUAUCUCUAAAAUUGGAAUUUGAAAGCAUAUCACCAAUAUUGAUUAACAUUUUCUUGAACUAAGUAAUAGUGGUCUCUUCUGAUUUAUUAAGCAACAUUGACCCAAAUUUAAUCUCACUGUAGCUUUCUUAAUAUAAUCCAUGAAAGGUGUUUCCAAAAGGAGACGGGAUUUAAUAGGAUUUAGGAGAGUCAAAUGCUUCUAAAGUUUCAAGGUGAUAAAAUAUAAAAAUUAAGAAUCUUUCCCAUUCCAAAUUGCCUUAUUCAUUGUGAAAGUCAUUCUGGUACAGAAUAAAAAUAAAAUUUUUGUGGAAAUAUUUUGAAAACAAAUUCCUUAUUAUCAUCACACACCCCAAACAAAUAGUAAGAAUGGUAUUAUAAAUAUAGUUCUAUUCAAAAGAGCUAAUCCAAAGUAGUUCUAAGUAUAUUAGCUUUGGGGAAAUGAUAACUCAUCUUCUGUGAUAAUUGCCUAUGUCCUAGGUAACAGGAACCUAGGCAUCCCAUUUAUUUUAGUCCUCUCAUUAUUUUUUCUGUUAACUUUAUUGAUUCUUAGCAAAACAAAUGGGAUUGCCCAAAGUAAACAUUUAGAACAAGAAGAAAUUACAAUGAAAUACUUGAUUCUGUUAAAAUGCAGAGGUGCUAUAACAUUUAAAGUCUCAGAUUCCUUGGGAGUAUGGAAAACCUAAUGGUGCUUCUCCCCUGGAAAUGCCAUAGGAAGCCCACAACCGCUAACACUCAUAAUUUUGGUGCAAAAGCAAACCAGUUCCAGCAAGCUCUCUAAAGAAAAACAAAUUAUAACAUAUUAAAAUAAUAUAUGGUGCAAAGUAUUAGUUUCAAGCUUUGACUAAUCAAAGUAAAGGAAUAUGAAGGGAUUGUAAAUAACAAAAUGUUCAUCGGUAGACCAUCAUCUUGUACAAGUAGAUUUCUGCUUUCGAAUGUGUACCUAUUUGGGUAAUUCAUUGACUUGUUUUAGUAUUUUGUGUGCCUUAGAUUUCUGUUUUAAAACAUGUAUAUUUUUGUGAGCCUAAGGUUUCUUAUACAUAUAAGUAUAUAAAUGAGUGAUUGUUUAUUGUUUCAGCUGCUUUAAUAAGAUAUUACUAGUAUUAGACUAUCAAGAAUACACCCUUGUGAUAUUUUGUUUUAGUUCUAGACCUUAGCUCCCACUAGAAAUUAUUUUCUCACCAUAUUUAAUGGAUAAAGCUCUAAGAUCCUUUAUCCAUCCACCCAUCUAUCCAUCCUUCCACUCAACACUUAUUGAAUGUCUGCAAAAUUUAAGUGUUAGCUUCUUUUUUCUUUGAAUUACCACCCAUGAUAGUAAACUCGAAAAAGUAAAGUCGUACAAAACACUCUUAUUUUUCAAAGAAGUAGCACAUUUCCUUCAAAACAACCCAUGUAAUAUAUCUGCAGCAAUUCAGAUCUGGUCACUAAUUUUAAAUAAGUUCCUAAACGAUCUAAACUUGAAGCACCAAUGUCGAUAUAGGGAAUGUUGGUAUUUUUGAAAUUAGUUGCAGUUAACCAAACCAAGUACAUGAAAAAUCUAGUCUCAACUAAAACUGUCUCCAUUCAGUUACUGUAAUUAACACCAUGAACGGCCUGCUCAGCUGAUGACCCCAUGGUGGGAAUCACACAUGAUUCCUGCAUUGUUGGACUCUUUCAUAAGUUGAACCAUCCCAUUGUGUGCCCUGUAAUUUCUUAACAGUUCGUGCUUAUGUAAUGUUCUACCCCACUGUGAUUGUCUGCUGGCUACACUGCUGUUACAAUGUUCUUUUUCAUGAAGCGAAGAAAUAAAUUUGUUUGAAAUGA